CGUUCCCCCCGAGUUCUCGAUCUCUUCUCUCUCCUAGUUCAAACUCGCUGCCCUCCUGAUUGAUGGAGCAGCCAAUUCAAGGAUUCGAACACCAACGAAUGGAAUCCGCCGAGCGCGACAUGGAAACCCGAGCGGGUCAUGGCCAAGAGGCAUCUGGCGAGUACCCUAGCUGGGUGUUGCUCGAGACCUCCAGGCGCUGCGAGUCCGCCGCCGCGGCGCCGGAGACGGCGGCGGAAGCUCUCACCUCUAAGGGCCGCCCCGUCCUGGUCUCCUUCAACCUCGCGCCGCCGCCCGCGUUCUCCCGCCUCCACAUCAACGGCUUGCCGUUGCCGGACGACGAGUUCCGGUUCGACACGAAGAUCCUCGCGGCCCACGGCGACUCCGUCCUCGUCCAAGUCUCCGAUUACGGCGAGACGCCGGACUACUUCGUCUACAACGCCGGCGACGCGCCCACCCGCCCGCCGUCGCUGUCUCUGCUGCCCGCUUGCUACCUGCCCCAUCAGACCUGCGGGCGGGCCCGCAGCUUCUUCGCGGACACCGUCGCCAUCCUGCGCCGCGGCGACGAGGAGCUUGCGGUGGUAGUGGCCGGAAAGGGGGGUUUCUUUUCUAAGGACCUGGAGGAGGGGGGAGCGCCCGUGCAGGCCCACCUCUUGCUGCUCCGCUCCGGCGAGCACUGGGAGCCGGAGUGGGAGAUCAGGUGGGCGCCGGUCUGGCACGACGAGAUCAAGCGUUUGGAGCUGCUCCACUGUUGGAUGACCGAUGCCGUCGUCCCCGUCGGCGACCGGUUCCUGUGCUGGGUCAAUUACCUCUGCGGCGUCAUCUUCGCCGACGUGUGGAAUGAGACGCCCGAGCUGCGGCACGUGCGACUACCUGUGGAUCCCGAACGCGGGAGACGCAAUAACCCUGCUUCGUUCUACAGGGCCGUGUGCGCCGCCGGCGACGACGAGGUCAGGUUCGUCCAUGUCUCCCCCCCGCUGCUGCUGCGGCUGCCCGGGCGCCACCGCGUGCGCGCGCUCCCGCCGUGCCUUCACCAUCACCACGUGGACGCUCUGGAUGGACAGCGUGGUCGACAGCUGCGACGUGGUGACGUGGGAGAAGGUCGCCAUGGUCGACUGCGACGACAUCUGGUCCCUCGCCGCCGGUGACGUCCCGCGUGUCAGGCCGGAGUUCCCCAUGGUGAGCCUGGACGACCCAGACGUGCUUUGCUUCAUGAUGCGCAGGAACCCAUUCCAUGACGACGCCGACGUCGACGGGGACCUUGCAAUACGGCUGGUCGAGAUCGACACGAGGCGCAUGGAGCUGCGGUCCGUGUUCCGCUACGACAUGAAGAUGACAGCUUUACCUACGACAGCUAUCCCCCAACCUUUCUUCCCGGUGUGGUCUCCAAGUACUUCAACGUUUACUCUUCCCGUCAUACGGCGGCAAAGGCAAGCCAAAGGCGGAGGCAUCAACGAGACAUCCUUGAAGCACCGGCGAAACCAUUAUUGGAACCGACAUCACUAGAGGCGGCGGCGGCGAUGGCUUCCCCGGAAUAGAUGUUGGUGACGCUUCGGGAGAUACCUGGCUUGGCGUCUAGUGAUAGGCUGAGAGCCUACGGCGUUCUCGCGUGUGAUGAGAGCCGUCAGUUCAGGAUGAUAAAACUCUAAUUGUGCAGAACAAAAGACGUGAAAGCAGGCCAGAGAAUAAAUACAAACCGCCACGGCCACCUCCCCCUGUUGUUUUGCUUGAGAGACACGUUAGCACCAAAAACCCAUCCGCAGCCGGCGAAUAAUCAUGGCCGCCGCCGCCGCAGCGCUCCGCCUCCUGCGCCGCCGGCCUCCGAUGCUGCGGUCUCUUCUUGCCCCUGGCACUCCGCCGCUUCAUCCCCAAGUCUCCGCCGUCGCAGCCCUCCCGGCCGUGUGCCGCCGCGCGCACGUCGUCGCUCCGCCCAUGAUGCAGCAGCCGUCCCUGCUGCGAUACUACUCGGGCAAGGGCACAGACGCUACGGCCGCCGUUGACAUCUCCAUGCUGAGACAGGGUGAACAACGCUCCAACCCUGUUCCAAACACUGAAGUUGGGGAUCUAUUGAAGAUGAUCAUGGAAUAUCUCGAAAAUACGGUGAAUCACGGGCUGGAACAGGUUCGGCUGGCGAAGGAAGCUGCGGGCACUUGUGAGAGAGCUACUAUCAUGUUAGGCGGCGGUGAUCUUGACAAAGCUUUUGCAAUGUGGGAGGAAGGGUCGGAUGAGCUUGAGAGAUCUGUUGCUCUGUUGAAAAGUAGGCUGGAUGGCAUCGCCAAAUUGAACGUCAUUAUUAAGGAGUCCCCGCUUGGUGUCAUGGAUCCGUCAAAUAGAGAGUUUUCCGAAGCAAUGAGGAAGUUUAUUGAAUCAACGGAGGACGUUGUCAGGGAUACAAGACUGAUUGUUGCAGAAGUGGAGGAGUUCCACAGCACCUCGAGCAUGACGAAGCUUUAUAGGUCUCGCAGGGAGCUCGAGACCAUGAGGAGGAGCAAUACGGGUAUUGGGCUAUCUCUGAUGCUUGUUUUGUCGUCCAUAGCGAUUUAUGAGUGGGGUUGGGUCCUGACAAACUAACCGUAUGAACUGAACAUUUUUUGUCACCGGUUCUGCUUCUGUAGAGUUCGUGCAGACGUUUCCAGGAGGUGCCAUUUUUACUGUUUGGCUGAUUAGUAUUACUCUGUAAGAUGCAGAAUAGAUUUUGCAAGGGAAUUAGGGGAGAUGGUUCAUAUAUAACCAGCUGUUUAGAUAGAGAUGAAGCUAAGAAGCUCUUACUUCUAUUCUGACAUACUUCCUCCGUUUCAUAAUUUUUGUCGAAAUAUUACAUGUAUCUAGACACUUUUUAGAAAUAGAUACAUCCAUUUUUUGGCAAAUUUGAGACAAGAAUUAUGGAACGGAGGGAGUAUAUGUUUAUGGUAAUGUUCUUCAUGUGAGGGAAGUAAUUAACAUUGCCUUCUCAGAGUCCUAAUAUGUAGUAGCUCAUUGAAAAUUGCUAGAAUCCAUCGGCACUUAGUGUCAGUUUACAGUUCAGGCUGCUGACCGAUUAUUCAGCUGUCUGUUCAUCCAUGUUAGAGAUUACAUUUUUCUUGUCCCAUAUUAACUGUUUUGCUGAUGU